AUGGGGCUGCUUGCAACGGCGGUCGUCCUGCUGUCACCAUCUCGGGGGGAGCAGCAGGAGGAGGCUACUGCGGUAGAGAGCGAGAGCGCUGCCGAAUUGCCCGAAAACUGCCAAAUCCUCAAGACCACGACGAACUAUAAACAAGAAGAUGCGCCGACCGAUGUCUCCGGUCUCAUCGGCGAGAUCUACGACCGCGUCAACGAGGACCUUGACGAUGUCCUCAAGCUCGACAUCAACUACGUCGGCGGGGUGAUCCACAGGCUCGUGGGAAGGCACGACGUUCGCGCCACAGUUACCCGCCGGAAAGAGAACGGAACGGAGUUGCAGGAGUGCAUGGUGGUGCCGGUGGUGAUCGAGGACAGCAACGAGUGCACCCUUCCCGAGAGGCAUCCGAUGCACCACGAGUGCCACGCAAGCGCGGAGUGCGUGAACACGAUCGGAUCGUACGAGUGCUCGUGUCCGGGGAGGGAGGCAUGUGUCCCCAGGUCGGGGCUAGGGUACUGCACGGGAAUCAACUCCUCGGCUGAUUGCUGCACGGUCGACGAGGAAAAGAGACCGAACGGGUGCCGCGACAAGACAUGCUCCCACGACUGCCGGAGAGACUUCCGGUGCUACACCGACCAGUGCGAGGGGAAGUGUGUAUACCCGGACAGUUGCAAGAGCUCCCGCGGCAUGGUAACCUGCGCUUGCCAAAACGAAAGCGAGGUCGGCAACGGGCACGUCUGCCCGGGGGAGACGCCAGAGGUCUUGACGGAUGCCAGCGGUGCCUUCCUGGCAGACUUGGAUCCCUCCAAGGUGUGCGGGUGUCAGGUGCCCAAGGUGGACUUGUGCCACGACGUCAGCUGCGGCCAGCAUGCCACUUGCAGUGAGGGGAAGUGUCAGUGUGCGCCGGGAUACAGCCAUGUUCCAGACCUCGGUUGCAUGGACGAGAGACCUGUCUGGCUGGAUCUCAAGGGUCCCACCCACCUCACCAUGAAGCAGUGCGACAAGUACGUGGAGCACGGGGUGCAGGUUGUGGACGCCAACUCUGAGAACCACGACAGAAACGUUGGUGUGUCCUACUCCAAGCCUCCCGGAAAGUGUGCCUCGGAAAUGGGUACGUUCACGGUAAACUACACUCUCAACACGGAAUGGAUGGACCCCCCUGUCCAGUACAUCUUACGCCACGUCACCGUGGAAGACGUCGACGAGUGCGCCUUGGACAUCGGGUCCCCGCAGGCUGCCUGCUACGGGUGCAAGCCCAGCUGCCACAAGCACGCCAGGUGCGAGAACAGGGUGGGCACGUACACCUGCCAGUGCCCCGCGUGCAUGGGCGGCGACGGCUUCGAGCCCUUUACGCCGAGGAAGUCGGGGACGCUUCCGGCGGGGUACGACGGAGGUACCGGCUGCAAGGAUACGUGCGCUCCCGUCAUCACGCUGAUUGGUGACGACCCUCUAGUGAUGACGGUUGGCCUCAACACGGACAUCGCUGGGAACCCGAUCAGGGGCAAGGACUACACACAAGAGCUGGCCAGUCUCAUUACGAGGACCGCGGGAGGGGCCUUGUGCAACGAUGGUCUCGGGUCAAGAUGUGCUACCGUUAUCGACAACAACGGGACGCACCAGGGGGUGGACAUAACGCACAACCUCAAGAUCUUGGAACCAGAACCGUCGAAGAAAGACCCUUUGCAGUGGAAAGUGUCGUACAACGCGGUUGACGAAGCGGGCAACUACGCUUUGCCCAAGACCAGGACCAUCGAGAUUAAGGAGGUUUCGAUGGAGGAGUACGCGGACCAGAAGGUCAAGGAGGCGAUGAAGAACUGCCCCAAGUGCGGGACCGGUAAGCCAACCGAGUGCCCCAAGCCGCCCGCCCCCGUCCAGCUGCCGUGCAAGCCUAGCGAGGGGGAGAAAGGGAGAUCAGCAGGGAACACGGCUUCGGACAUCAGCUGUAGCCGAGACUGCCCGUGCUCCGAGCGGAGGGAGUGCGUGGCGGAGUCGGAGUGCGCGGCGAGGCUGGAAGAGCAGAAGCAGGGGCAUUCCGCCACGUGCCAGAAGGAAGCGGGAGGCUGGUUUUUCCCGAUUAUACUGACCGGGGCUCAGCAGCUGGCAGUGGCAGCGUUAGUGCUUCUGGCGACGGGCGUUUCUGUGUUUGCGGCUGUCCACUGAUGGCAUGACAACAUAUAUUUUUUUCGCGACGAGGGGGAGGAGGGAGGCUUUUGUUUUUCUUUUGUGUCCGUUGAGAUUUACUGAUUGAUGUGAUUGUCGGGGGGGGGUAGUUGUGCGAGGCCC